AUGAGAGAUGUGAUCGAGGGCAAGGACCUUGUUGGCCGUAACAUCACUGUAAACGAAGCUCAAUCCCAUGACAGGGACGAAGUCGUUGGAUUCGUGGCGAUCAUUGUGAAGAAGGUUAUGAAGGUGGAGGCUAUGGCUGUCGUGAGAGAGGUUAUGGAGUUCAUCUUUAUUGAACUCUGCAUUAAUGAUAAAGGAGACACUCCUCUCCAUCUCGCAGCAGCAGUUGGAUGGCUAAGUAUCUGCGAGUGCAUAGCUGUAAAGGAUCGUAUACUCAUUAGCACUAGCAAUUUAAAGGGCGAGACCCCAUUGUUUGUGGCAGCUUAUCAUGGAAAGUUGGAUUCUUUUCUUUCCCUUCAUCAUCUCUACAACCAAAAGCCAGUGCAAGAAACAGAUCAGCAAAACAACGGACAAGAACGAGACGAAUCACUUUGCAGAAGGGAAGAUGGGAAUACAAUUUUACACUCGGCUAUUUCUGGAGACUAUUUCAGGAAGAAAUAUUGUUUACAACUUUGUUCACAUUCAAACAUGUAUAGGCGGGUUUGGUAUACUGGUUUAUACAGAAAAUUGGCGUACCAGAUAAUCAGCUAUUACCCAAAGCUGGUUAACUCUGUUAAUGAGGACGGUGAAUCUCCUCUCCAUAUUCUUGCCAGAAAGCCUAAUGUGUUUAGAAGCAGCACUCAUUUUAAACCCCUUGACUCAAUCAUUUACCGCUGUGUAUUCAUCGACAAGCUUAAGAAGCAGCGUCGCCCCCAUAAAAGUAUUUACAGCCCCACAAAUGGGGUCAACUGUCCAGAGAACUACAAGACAUGUAUUGACAUCUUCCUACUUCUUGUCACUCCAAUUUACAAGAGUAUCAAAGCUGCUUUUGAAAGAUGCAGUCCGACCGACGAAGAGAAUCCCCACAAAAGAGAGAAUAACCCUCAAAUUGCAGUGAAACAUGAAGAUGAAGAGUCGGAAGAUGAUGAGUUCUUUCCUCCCAAUUAUGCAACAUUUAUUCAAUUUCUUAAAUUUUCGAUGAAGGUCAUCCUAACCGUCAUAGGAGUUGGGUUUUGGAGUAUACGGAGAAUUCAAGUAAAAAAGGAAAGACAUUCACACGCAGUACAACUUAUGAAUGAAAUGAUUAAGUAUGAGUCUAGUUAUAAGUAUCAAAAUAAUGGGCAAAAACCAGGAAACCUGGAAACCCAGUAUUCAAGAAGAGUUCUGCCUCCAUCUACUCCGCCUCAAACUGAUGAUCAGGAAGUUGUCCACCUGAACCCAGAAACCAAUAUCGGGAGAAGUUCGUCAACUGAUCAACCACAAAACCAGAAUAAGAAACAGAAAGAUGAAAACAAAAGUCGAUCAGUGAAAAUCGAUACUCAAGUCUUAGUUAGAAGAGAGACUCCAAUUCUCGUAGCAGCGAAGAUGGGAAUUCUCGAAAUGGUACAGAAAAUCCUGGACACAUUUCCAGUAGCAAUUCAAGACCUGGACUCUAGCUGUAAGAAUGCGUUGAUGUUGGCUGCUGAAAAUAGGCAACCCACUAUUUUUAAUUAUUUGGUGGAGAAGAAGCUCCCAGAAUUCGUUUUUCACCAAUUCGAUGAUCAAGGAAACGGCAUUCUGCACCUUGCUGCAAUGUUGGGAGAACUCCAACCAUGGCUUAUUCCUGGUGCUGCUUUGCAGAUGCAAUGGGAGAUCAAAUGGUACAAGCAUGUUAAGCACUCGGUUCCACCACUAAGCUUUGCUUACAACAAUAAUAGGGGAGAGACCCCAAGGAAGAUCUUCAUACAGACACAUCAAAAGCUGGUCAAAGAAGGCAAUACUUGGCUUAUCAAAACAUCGGAGUCAUGUUCUGUAAUUGCUGCACUCAUUGCCACUGUUGCAUUUGCUACCUCAGCCACAGUGCCUGGUGGAUUAAAAGAGGAUACUGGGCAUCCAGUUCUGGAAAACAAAACAGCAAUUGAUGUGUUUUCCGUCACAUCCCUAGUUGCUCUCACCCUCUCUGUCACAGCUCUUGUGUUUUUUCUUUCCAUUAUUACUUCGAGAUGGCAGGAACGUGAUUUCAAAUUAAAGUUGCCAAGGAAGCUUUUGCUGGGCUUAAGUUCUCUCUUUGCAUCCAUCGUUGCUAUGUUGAUCUCAUUCUGUGCAGGGCAUACCUUUAUUCUCAGAGAGAAAUUGAGAUAUGCAGCAGUUCCAAUAUAUGGUGUUGCUUUUAUACCAGUGGCAUUUUUUGCUCUCGUGCAGCUGCAACUAUGUUACGAUCUUCUAUGGUCUACAAUCAUAAAGGUUCCACUUCGAAGUUACAAGGCAUUCCUUGAUUAG